AUGUGCAGUGUACUAAAUUGGACUGAACUUGACAUGACUGUACUUUCCGAACAGAUAAUUGGCGAAAAGAUCCGAGAGCUUAUAGAGACUCUGGAGCAUCACAAACUAGAAGCAAUCCAAUUCACGUUCAAGCAAGUGAGCAAGAACUUCACGGAUGUGUUCAAGAAGCUGGUGCCACACGGUCGGGGUUCCCUCAUCAUGAGGGUGGCCACUGAGGAUCAACCGGAUUUGGUUGCUGAGCGGGCAAAUGCAGAACAAUUCACCGGUGUGGGUAUACGUGUGUCCUUCACGGGCGGCGAAGGCGAUAUGAGGGAGAUGAAUCAGCUAUCGGGGGGUCAGAAGUCGCUCGUUGCUUUGGCUCUCAUCUUCGCCAUACAGAAGUGUGAUCCCGCGCCGUUUUACCUAUUCGACGAGAUCGAUCAGGCCCUCGACGCCCAACACAGGAAAGCGAUAGCCAAUAUGAUCCACGAACUGUCUUCCAGCGCCCAAUUCAUCACAACCACUUUCCGUCCGGAAUUGUUGGAACACGCGCACAAAUUCUACGGAGUUAAAUUCCGGAAUAAAGUCUCCCACGUGGAAUGCGUCACUCAGGAAGAGGCCAGGGACUUUGUGGAAGACAGUGCUACUCACGCCUAA